AUGGAUAAUAUACAGCAUAUAUCUUCCAACGAUACGACGUUGAAUGAUAGCUACUCCAACGAAACAAUAUCCAGUAGCGCAGUGUUGGAUUGGCAAAAUAUGACACCAACUGGAUCACCAACGAAACUUGCACCACACCAUAAUAUCUUCAUGACCAAUCUGCAACAAUCUCCAAAACCGUCAUCUGCAUCAAAUAUGGGCCAAUUGGGAUCUCUAUCUUCUUCAACUAAAGUAAUUGAAUCAUUGCAUGAUCAACUCGAUACUUUAACUAAUACGAACCUACAAUUAACAAUGCAGUCACAUAGUCUACUUGCUCGGUUGGAGAGCUCCACAAACAAUGAGAAUAAAUUAAAAGAAAAAGCUCGAGAAUUAAAAGACGAAAAUGAUAAUUUGAAUCAUUUAUUAUCAAAGGAGACUAUCUAUUUAAAAGAGUUAGAAGCGGAAUAUAAAGAUCUCACACGUAAAUGCAAUGAAAUAGGAUCACGUAACAAAAUUUUGAAGGAAAAAGUUACAAAAGUGACCAAUGAUGAAAACGAAUUGGCAAAUGAGUUGAUUUUCGUGGAAAAUCAAUAUAAUAGUUUAGUCGAAUCAAAUAAAUUUUAUGAAAGUUAUUAUCAAGAUAGAAUGAGUGAAUUAUUCGAACAAUUGAAAAUAAUGGAAUCGGAAGAUCAAGAUAUAUUGUCAAAGUUCGAUGAGGAUGUCAGUAAUAAUGAAAAAUUGUUGAAUGGUUCCGUCGAUCAAUUUAAUGAAUAUUUGAAAGAACUUGAAAGGCUGGAUCAUUCAAAUGAAGAAGUCGUGGCAUUGAAAGUAAGCGAGGCAGCUUCUAAAAUUAACUUGGAUAACUGGUCGGCAUUAUACAAAGAGAGCAAGGAAAUGUUACUUAAAUAUGCUGAUAAAAUGAAUAUAGAUCAGUCUACAUUAAAGUUUGGUCAAGCUGAUCCGCUAACACCAUUUGCAUUAAAUACCCCAAAACUAAGAAAUCAUAAUUCAUCAUCGUUAACUAAUAACGCAGCAAAGAGAAGAAGCUUCUAUGGUGUUUCAUCACCUCUGAUGAAAAAUAAUAUUGCUUUUACAGACAAUAAGCUCCCAUCAACCAAGGAAGCAUCCAAAAACAUGUCAUCUCUACCUGGUGUGAAAAGAAGUGCUUCUAUAAGAAAGACCAGUGGUGGGGCCGGAAGUGCAAAUAAUAAAUCACCAUCGAUGCCUGGUACGUCUCAUUCAUUGUCCACCUCCUCGUCCUCACAUAAUUGUCCUAAUAGAAACAGUGUCAUAUAUCAUUAA